AUGUCUAUCUAUUUUAUGCCCAUAAAAGUUUGUUGUUGUUGUUAUGGUUAUGUGCUCUGCUCCUCUGUAGCUUAAGAUAAGUCGAGUGAAGAUUAACGUUUUAACGUUAGCUGAUGAGGUUUUGUUUUUGCACUUUGACCUUGGAAGAUAUUAAAGAUAUUACUGUCUAUCGCCUUGCUGUUUUAUUGUUACUGUAGGUUCAUUAAAAAUGACCAAGUUAUUGGAGUGGUUAUUUGGAGGUUGUUUGUUUUUAGGAUUUUGGGCAACACUUGUGACAAAUGUUUUCGAUUCCACAUUUAUCAAUGAAUGGAUGCACUUCAUCGUUGCCCUACCAGUGCUACUAGCCGGAGUAUUUGGGAUAUAUGCAGCUUCUGUUGUUUUAUGGCGAGUCUACACUUUUAAUGAUUGUGAUGAUGCAGCAAAAGAAUUACAAAAGCAAAUAAUUGAGGCUAAAGAAGACUUGAGAAGAAGAGGUUUUGUUUUUGAAGUGACCGACAAGAAGACUGAUUGAUUUUUGUAAAUUUCACUCUUAUAUUAAAUAUUUAUUUUGUAAAAA